AACCCAUUACGUCCAUUGAAUCUUUGCUGGAACAAUCGAGCCCUGAAGAAUCCGCAUUUUUUUUGAUGUUAGAUAAGGAAUUAGAAAAGGUCACUCGUUUUUAUACAAAAGGUGAAGUAAUCUAUCUUUUCGAAAAGUUAAAGAACUAUCAUGAAAGUCUAAAAAAUUCAGGUGAAAAUAGAAGAGAAGUAAAAAGAAUGACGAAAUAUGAUAAGUUAGCGGGAAUAAAUGGUGGUGAAAUUUAUAUGCAGAGAGUUUCUGAACGUAGUUUUAUAAAGUCCAGAGGAUUGGACCGGCUAAUGAAAGAAAUAGAG